AUGUUAUUUCCAACUUCAUCAAAAAACUACAGAGAACAUUUUCACUUGCUCCAAACAUUUCUUCGGCGCGCAGAAACUGAUUCAUACGCUACUGUCGGGUUUUUAUUGAUUGUCUUCAGUACUACGUUUCAAAUACAAGUCGAUUUCAGAAAACCUGUAUUUGUAACCUACCAUGACAAAUACCACACAUGCAUCUCUAUACGAAAAGCAUGGGCCAGCUCACAUCACUCUAGAAUCCCUUCUUGA